GUACGUCAAAUUGAUGGCCACUAAUGACAAGCAACAUGUCGCUACUCUUUUGGCAGUAGAUGAAAAAAUCGAGUCUUGUGACACUGCACCAACUACAAUAAACGGAGUUCACGGAGAGAGGAUGGACAUAAAUUACCAUUCACGAAGGCAAGGCCAGAGAAUUUCUGAAAAAAGAAUGCUAGCGCCACUUGCUGAAAGUGAAAACUGCCUCAAAUGGAUCUUGAUCACGAGUCAACCAUUCCUCAACACAGCAGAAGCACUUUUCAAGCUAAACAUUCCAUUUAGCAUUCUUCAAGGCUGUGGUGGAGUGGACAAUCAAGAUGAAGAAGGCAGCAAGCUUAUAUUAGACUGCAGCUAUGAAGUGAUGAAACGCAAGGGGAUACGGCAAGAACUCAAAGUCCAUUCUUGCUCAAAGGCAUCAAUUAGUUCCAUUAAAAUAAGCUCAUUAGAUGAUUUGGUUAGGCAGCUGAAUGAUGACAUGGAAAAGCUGAAGUUUUAUGGAAGGAAUAGAACUUCCCCAGUUCAUGUUGAGGACUACCUUCCUAAAAUGCUUGAAAAUGAUGUCUACAAGAAGUAUCCAGACAUAGACUGUAUGUGGGAUUUGGGCUGGGACCAGGAAACAUUUGCAUCCCUCGAAAAAUACGAUGUCACAAGGGAUAUGGAAAAGCAUAUCCUUAAUGGACUUUUGGAUGAGAUCACACGGGAACUUUCGAAUGUUGAAGGAGUAACAGUUACACAUUCAGCUGUUCUAAUCCACUAGGAGGCCUAAAAAAAGGACUUUCAUUUUUUAUAGGGAGUAGGGACUUGGUUAUUACAACUUUUCUCAUCUACAUUGAUUUCUGCUUUGCAGUCUCACAUAAACUCUCAAGGGUAUUGGCGGUGCCCCUUUUUUGUGAAGCAAGCCAUUUGUUUUUAUUUUGAGGGGUCAGAUGAAUGAACAUUCAGGUUUUGCA